CAAAUCAUUAUAUAGAGCACUCAUCGCAUCUGAGCAAGAGAGUUGGACACAUCUGAGCAAGAGACCUCACACGGAUUAACAAAGAUUGCCUUAAAAGCUAACGAUGGCGUGGACAGAUCUGACAAAUUUGGUCCUGGCAGUGGAUGCCAUCACACUGAUUGCAGGUCUUCCUGCCAACCUGCUGGCUCUCUACACCUUCAUUCAAAAAGUGAAGCAGCGAACUACGCCCAUCGAUGUGUUCUUGCUCAACCUCACCAUCUCAGAUCUAAUCUUCCUUUUUUUCCUUCCGUUCCGCAUGAAAGAGGUGACCGACGGAAAAUGGACCAUGAGCCACUUUCUCUGUGCACUUUCGGGGUUCAUCUUCUACACAACCAUUUACAACAGCACCAUGCUUUUAACAGCUAUCAGUGUGGAGCGCUAUCUGGGAGUGGCCUUUCCAAUCAAGUACAAACUCAAGCGACAUCCUCGAAAUGCCGUGAUCGCCAGUGUCAUAUUCUGGGUGGUUUCCAUGGCCCAUUGCAGUAUUGUCUACAUUAUGCAGUACUACAGGCCCGAUAAUGAAACUCUCUCUGAUCAGAAAAACAAGGAGGUCUGCUAUGAUGAGUUUAACAAAGAACAGUUGGAAAUCCUUUUGCCUGUCCGUUUGGAGUUGUUCAUCGUGCUGUUCUUCACCCCUUUUAUCAUCUGCUGCUUCUGCUACAUCAAAUUCAUCCACAUUCUCUCCCGGCUACCUAACAUCUCACCUAAGAAGCGCUCCAGGGCCAUUGGGCUUGCCCUAGCCACCCUCCUGGUCUUUAUCAUCUGCUUCCUGCCUUACAAUGUGUCCCAUGUUGUGGGUUUUAUUGGAUCAUUCAGUCCCUCCUGGAGAGUGUAUGCAUUGCUCCCCAGCACGUUUAAUGCCUGUUUGGACCCCCUCAUUUUUUAUUUCUCCUCUUCAGCACUUCGGGGGACUUUAAAACACCUGAUACGAAGGUUCAACAAUUGGAUGCACCUGUCCUGCUGCUGGAAAUUGUUCAACUGUUCCCAGUUAAAAUGUAAUGCACAUGAAGAAAGCACACAGAGUUCCAAUGACACUGUGGACUAGUAAUUCAAAAAAGUAGUUUAAUGAUGCUGAUAAACAACAGUAAAAAAUGUCCAACCGCACUCCAAUUCCACACAGGCUAUAAAUUACAUUUCCAGCUUCAGUGUUUCUUUAGGCUAAUGUCAGGUAAAUGUGCAAAGUAAUAAAUCUAUGUAUCCUAUUACACUAUUUAAGGAUGUACCAAUCCUUACAAUGCAUUGAUAUGGACAACAUGGUGGCUCAGCUGAAAUUUUUGAUUUGGGAAGUAAAAGUGUGCAGCAUGGAAACUCAUGUCCGACAACAGAGAGGUCCUUAAUGCUCAGAGAGUGGCUUUCUUUGGCUAGAGAAUGCAAUGUCUACAGCAGUAUCUGGGAGAUAUUCCCAAGCUGUUAAUGACCCAGGAGUUGAACCACCAUGUUCAACUCUGGCCUUAGUAGAGUCUGAAAAUAUUAAUCCAUGCGUUUUGUCAACUUGUGUUUUAGCAAACUUACCCUUGUCAAUCCAAUGUUCACUGAUGGAGAUCAAUCCAAAGCACUUGGUCUUUACUGCCAUUACAAGGCCGUACUGUAAAUAACCUAACAGCAUGACAGUAUGUGUGAAAUGUGCCAUUUGUUUAUAUAGUGUUCUCCAUUUUGGGUAGCACUGUAGGAACCCAAUAAAUGUGAAUUUUACCUCCUGUGUUUAGGUCAGGAUAACAUUUUUGUGCAGACACCACAGAAUGUGAUGAACAGUGUAUGUACGAAUAUGAAUGUAGUUUGACCAUUACUAUAAAACUUUAUUCAACUUUUGGGUAUGUAGAAACAAUUUAUACUGGAAUAUUUUUUUAGCUAUUAAUGCAGGGAGAUUCAACAUAUGUUAACACUUUACUUGCAACAUUUUUCUUUAGUUUUCUUUUUUUGGUUACUGUUGUGGGUUUUUGAAGCAAUGAAGUUACAUUUUACAGUCCAAAAUUAGUAACUUACCCUCCUUGCGUUAUGAUGUUACUGUGUUUCUGCUACACUAUUACAGUGUUUCGUGUUAAAUAUCAGGAAUAAGAAGUCUGGAAAUAUGAAUUUAAAGAUGAGAAGGGAUAUGCACUAGCUCUAGGACACCUUGAAUUGGUAUUGGAACAGUUCCAUCCUUUUUUUUUUGUAAUUCUGUUUUUUACUUGGUAUAUAAUCCAUCCAUCCAUUUUCCGUACCACUUAUUCUACACAGGGUCACAGAGACCUAGCCCAGGGACCUCAGGGCACAAGGCGGGGGACACUCUGGACGGGGUGCCAACCCAUCACACACACACACACACACAUUCACACACCAUGGACAAUUUAGAAAUGCCAAUUAGUCUACAAGGCAUGUGUUCUCCAGGUACAGAGGCGGGAAUCAAACCCCUAAGCCCGGAGGUGCGAGGCAAACAUGCUAACCAGGAUGAAUGAAUGUAAUUUUAUUAUUUGGCAUAAACAUGUAUUAACUUAAGUAUAAAAUCAAUAUUGUAAUCUAGUGUUGGCAAAAUAAUUAUGUAUAUUUCUCUGCAUUUGACACUUUGCAUUUUGUAAAAUAAUGAAAAUGUUAUCCAAUGCAUAUGUGAUGAAACAUUGUAAUCAAAGUAACCUUUUUUAAUGAUGUGGAUUUUUUUUAAAAUUGAUAACAAUAAUUAUUGUUAAGUUUUUUCUUGGUUUAGCAUUUUGGAUGAAUUAUGGCAAUGAGACAGACUACUUAUGGCAAAGUCUAUGACUAGAAGGUUUGGUGUUCAAAUCCACGGACUGAGUAAGAACCUCCAAAGAGAAUGUGCUUAAGUAAAGGAUUUGUGUCAGCGUAAAUAAUGUAUUUUAAAAUGUAUUCUGUUUUAAACUUCUGCUGUAAAUUAUAAAGCUGAUCUAUUUAUGAAGCUUGAGAUUGUUAGUAAUGGCUCAAGAAAAUCUGGAAAAAACAGAACUGUGCAAGGAUGAU